AUGGGGAACUCGCUGUCUUGUUGCCUGUGCCGCAAUGCCAGCCCCAAGUUGGGCCGGCGCAGGGGGUCAGCGGAGCCGGACUGUGAGUCUGAGGUCUACAAGGCGGCGGCCGGGAACGCGGUGGCAGUAGCUCCGGCGGCGGCUACCGUGGAACCCGCCGAGUUGGAUUUCGCAGGUGGCGAAGGCCACCACCUGCAGCACAUCAGCGACCGGGAGAUGCCCGAAGACUUAGCUUUGGAACCAAACCCUUCUGACCACCCAAGAGCAAGCACAAUCUUCCUGAGCAAAUUUCAAACAGCUAUGCGGAAAGAGAGGAAGAGCGACCAUUUAAACCAUGUAUCUCCAGGGCAGCUUACUAAAAAGUAUAACUCAUGCUCAACAAUAUUUCUAUAUGACAGCACAGUCAGCCAGCCUAAUCUUAGAACCACAGUAAACCGUAUGACCUUAGCAAUAUAUUACCACAUAAAGAACAGAGAUGCAGAUAGAUCCUUGGAUAUUUUUGAUGAGAGAUUACAUCCACUCACACGAGAAAAGAUUCCAGAGGAAUACUUCGAGCAUGAUCCUGAACACAAAGUCAUUUACAGAUUUGUUCAUACUCUUUGUAGUGCCGCACAGCUAACUGCUGAAAGUGCAGUAGUAACUUUGGUUUACUUAGAAAGGCUUUUAACUUAUGCUGAGAUCGACAUUUGCCCCACUAACUGGAAAAGAAUUGUUUUGGGAGCCAUUCUUCUUGCCUCCAAGUUUUGGGACGAUCAGGCUGUAUGGAAUGUGGACUACUGCCAGAUCCUCAAGGACAUUACAGUUGAGGACAUGAAUGAGAUGGAAAGGCACGUCCUGGAGCUACUUCAAUUUAAUAUGAAUAUUCCUUUCAGUGUGUAUGCCAAAUACUACUUUGACCUUCACUCCUUAGCAGAUGACAACAACCUGAAUGUUGUAUUCCCUCCUCUUAGCAAAGAAAGAGCACAGAACUUAGAGGCCAUUUCCAGAUUGUGUGACGACGAAUACAAAGACGUGUGUAGAGCUGCUAUGAGAAGGUCUUUCAGCGCUGAUAGUUUCAUUGGUAUUCAGCGCUCCAAUGCCAUCCUCUCUUAA